GUCUGUUAUGGCCCGCUGACUGGGACUACAUGGGACAGCCCACUCCAGGGAGCAUCUGAUGGGAUUAUAACACUCUUUCCAGCUUUUUUCUUUCUUCCUCCUGCUCAGAAUAACUCUGCUAAUUCUGUUGGUAGUCCACUUUCACAGAGGCAAAACUGUGUUGAGGUUGUCGGACCUGACUUUUAAAGAUAAAGAAUGCCUGGAGGUUGUUGGUGAGGAAUUCGGCUUUGACAGUUAGAAGCUCACUUGGACGAAUUCAAGCUUGGUGUUUCCUAUUUAGGAGUAUGAAAGAGAGAGAGAGAAAAAAUACAAGAGAAGCGUUUAUCUUGGCACAUCUGUGGUGAGCCGAAAGGAGAACCAGUGAGGAAUUAGUCCCAGAUGAGCACUGACAGCUGACACCAUCCUCAGUUUCAUUAGAUUUGUUUCGGCCCCAUACUUUCACAUACAGUGAGGCGAUAUGCUAACUCGCUGUGCGAUAGGUCUUUAACAGCCAAGACUCUUUGCCUUUUUAGGCUGUUCACGUGCACACACUCUGAGCUGAACCUUUCUGAUUUUCCUUCCAAACAAAUGGACAUAUCUGUACAGCUGGGACCCAAACCAGAACAGCCAGUCAGUUUUUUCUUUCUUAUGCACUUUGGUUCAUGGAUUUUGCACUGAGGUGGAAGUGAAUCAUUUUUAACAGUUAGGUUUUAUGUGAUAAACGCAGACUCAACAGGCCUGGCUUAUUGUUGCUUUCACUUCCAUUCUUGCUCCUGUCAGGUGCAGCUGAUGAGUUUUGCUGUUUUGCAUGUUGCAGUUGUUUUGCAUUCGUCCUUCUUGGAUCUGUUUUUCCUGCUCCGUCCCGUCAAGGGAACCUGCCUCCCGAUGCCAUAACUUGUGACGGCAGUCGACAUAAAGGAAUUUGUGCAGACUCUCUUUCUGAUUCCGGACAGUAUGGGGGCUUCGCUCGAACGGCAGAAGUUAUUUUUCUUUAUUGACGCAGAAGCUGGUGCUUUGACGAUUCUCUAAACUCAGCCAAACUUUUUUUUUGAACCCGCCAAUAAAAUGAUGAACAAGGAUUCUCGCUUUCCAAGGAAGAUGCACAGCAACUUCUCCACCCGCAGGCACUCAUGCAUUGGUUUUGAUGUGGAGAAUGGAUUGUCUGUGGGACGCAGCCCACUGGACCCUCAGGCCAGCCCUAACUCCGGUCUGGCCCGACCGACCAAUUUCCCUCACAGCCAGCGGAGGGAAUCUUUCCUCUACCGCUCUGACUCCGACUUUGACCUUUCACCCAAAGGUCCCUCCAGAAACUCCUCCACUGCCAGUGACCUACAUACAGAAGACAUGAUAGUCACACCGUUUGCACAGGUCCUCGCCAGCCUGAGGACAGUCCGAAGUAACUUCGCCGUCAUAACCGGCCAGCAAGAUCGCACGGCCAGCAAAACACGAUCUUCAGGCAGCAACCCACCAUCCAUGUGCAAGACCAGCCUCGCAGAGGAGCCUCACCAGCAGCUGGCCAUAGAGACUCUAGAUGAGCUGGACUGGUGUCUGGAGCAACUAGAGACGUUGAAAACCCGACACUCUGUCAGUGAGAUGGCUUCCACCAAGUUCAAGAGGAUGCUGAACCGAGAGCUCAGCCAGCUGUCAGAAACCAGCCGCUCAGGGAACCAGGUGUCUGAAUUCAUCUCCAGCACCUUUCUGGAGAAACAACAUGACAUGGACAUCAUGUCUCCCCCGACCAAGGAGAAAGACAAGAAAAAGCGUCCUAUGUCCCAGAUCAGCGGUGUGAAGAAGGCCACCCACAGUCCCAGCCUCGCUCCUUCAACCAUUCCUCGAUUUGGGGUCAAUGCUAGCCAGGAAGGACUCCUAGCUAAGGAACUUGAGGAUAUAAAUCGAUGGGGUAUUGACAUCUUUAAGGUCUCUGAGUAUUCUGGGAAUCGCCCACUGACAGUCACCAUGUACACCAUUUUCCAGGAGCGUGAGCUGCUGAAGUCCUUUAAGAUUCCAGUGGAUACUUUCAUUACCUUCGUGAUGACUUUGGAGGACCACUAUCAUGCUGAUGUGGCCUACCACAACAACAUCCACGCUGCAGACGUGGUCCAAUCAACACACGUGCUGCUGUCCACACCUGCACUGGAGGCUGUGUUUACUGAUCUGGAGAUCCUCGCUGCGCUGUUCGCCAGCGCCAUCCACGACGUGGAUCACCCCGGAGUUUCCAAUCAGUUUCUCAUCAACACCAACUCAGAGCUGGCCCUGAUGUACAAUGACUUGUCAGUGCUAGAGAAUCACCACCUGGCUGUAGGCUUUAAGCUUCUGCAGGAAGACAACUGUGAUAUUUUUCAGAAUCUCAACAAAAAGCAGCGUCAGUCGCUUCGCAAAAUGGUCAUCGACAUGGUGCUCGCCACAGAUAUGUCCAAACACAUGAACCUGUUAGCAGACCUGAAGACCAUGGUGGAGACUAAGAAAGUCACCAGCCUGGGAGUCCUGCUUUUAGACAACUAUUCAGAUCGCAUACAGGUUCUUCAGAACAUGGUACACUGUGCGGACCUGAGUAACCCGACCAAACCUCUCGAGCUGUACCGCCAGUGGACAGACCGCAUCAUGGUGGAGUUCUUCACACAGGGAGACAGAGAGAGAGAGAAAGGCAUGGAGAUCAGCCCCAUGUGCGACAAGCACAAUGCUUCAGUAGAAAAGAACCAGGUGGGUUUCAUUGACUACAUCGUUCAUCCUCUGUGGGAAACAUGGGGCGACCUGGUGCACCCUGAUGCGCAGGACAUCCUGGACACGCUGGAGGAUAACAGAGAGUGGUAUCAGAGCAUGAUCCCCCACAGCCCAUCACCUCACCCAGAGGGCCAGGAGGAGGAGGAGGAGGAGGAAGAUGCCUUUGCAGGGGAAGCUUCGGCACACGGUCGGGGUAGCGGGUCUGCUUCUGCUGACAAGUUUCAGUUUAAGCUGACCUUAGAAGAAGAGGGGGAGUCUGACACAGAGAGUCCACCUGAGGAAGAGGAGGGCCACAGCAGCAGCAGGAGGCAUGAAAUCUACAGAUCCGAUUCAGCCUCUCCUGCAUCUCGAAGGCUUCCCAAAAUGCUUACAAGUGACUCGGGCAGGACGUUUUCUUUAGACUCGGAGAAAGAUAUGGCUGAAGAAAGAGAAACGGACGAAGGCGUCUCUGGGGUUCCACGCUUUCGAAUUGGCACAUAGCACCAGUCAAUAGUUUUGACUCUUUCGACUUUCUUUUGUUUAAUUAUUCUUGAUUUUAGUGCCUCGCAUUCUGUCACACCCCACCUUCCGCUUCGAGCAAACGUCACCACCUCUGUUUUUCUGCAGAUGGGGUUUAAGAGCAGGACUCAAGGUGGGGAGUACGGGAGUGCGGGAGGCUGUGGGGGAGGACUGAGAAAGUCUGCAGUUUUACACAGCAGUCACUUGCACUGGAGAGAGACAGACAGGCCCAGUCGCUGUUCCAGUAAGGACAGGAAAUCUGUGUCUCUCACUCAGACAAAUUGUGGCUGAAGUUCCACAGAGACGAAAAGAAGUUAGAAAAAUACACACUUUUCUACCAGCUAGCCUAAAGUCUGCUACAACUAAAGACAGAUGUGUCUUCCUCUAACGGAGUAUUUUUUUGUGUGAAAGAAGCGAGGAAGUGAUGAAUGACUGCGAAAACACAACAAAGUCUUUUAAGACUUCUUGCCAAACUUGCAAAUGCUGGUUUGCCUGCCUUUUGGGGUUUUUUUUGUUUUUUUAAUUUUUAGUAAGUUUUUUUUUUUAAAUUCGGUUGUCUGUUAUUUAGAUUCACACACAGUAAAUUGAAGCUACAGCUAACAACAAACUUGAAAGAAGUGUAAGCAAAUUCAUAGCACAAAAAGAAGAGCUAUGAAGGAUUUUUUUUUGCAAGACACCUUAAAUGUAGCAGAUAUUUGAAGUGACUCUAUCACUGUGUUUGUAUACAUGCAGUAGCACUCCUUUCAGCUGGUGCUGCACAGCCGAUUUAAUUGUACUCAGCAGGCAAAGUUGCUUUAAUGAUUAUAACGACUGAGCUGGCACCGCAUAUUAUUUCUCAUGUUUUCAGAUGUAUUAUUUCCAUUUACAUAAUAAUCUUAAUGAGAUAUAGUCAGCAACAAAACUGAGCCAGGGUCAGUGUAGCGUUAGGCGCUCUAGGAGUUACAUCCAGAGCGAUGUGGGCUGUGCUUAUGGUGCCUCCCAGUGUCCACAUGUGGAACUGAAGCUCUGGUACUGUGGUAAAUGAUUUGCAAGUUCUUACAUUGAAAACAUAUUUAACUGUAGGACUACCCAAAAAAAUGUCGGUUACUUUUCUGUUUUUGUUGCUUUAUUGUUUGGAUUAUUUUUUAUUUGAUUUGAUGUUUGGCGCCCAUUUUAUCAGUUUGCCUUCAAGUUUUAGCACUUUGCAGUUUUGUUCAUAGGUAGCCUUCGUUUUUGUCUGUUUUUAAGGGCUCGAGCCAAAACAUGAACUCAUUGGAGGCUUUUGACUGAGAAACACUAACUAGCACAGACAUCAUGGAAAAAAAAAAAACAUAAAAAGAAAAAACAAAAAAAACCCUCAGUGUCACAGUAAAGUUACGAGUACAUUAAGCUAUUAGAGUUCCAUUAUUCUUACUACACAGCAUCUACCUACUGAAAUAGUGUUUUUGGUAACAUCCACUAGCAUAGAUUACUGCACUAAUGAGGGCAGUGUCUCGAUGAGGUUGUAAUGACAGAUGUUAGCAUCGCUGUAACUGUAAAAACCCAGGAGGUUACAAAGAGCCAGUUCCCUGUGCCUGAAUCUCCCCUCUUUUUUUCCCUCUCAUUGAUCAGUACUUUGCUCUCCACAGGGACACACCGGUAGUCAAUGACAAAACAAGUGCCAAGCAAGCAUGACAUAACCCGUACUGUAAUUUCCAUUUUGCCACUGGCUACUUUCCAUCAGUGACUGAUAAAGUUGGUUGAUUGUAGCACCCAGUGUGCCAAUCUGACCUCAGUGUCUCUGCUCUUUUUUCUCUCUCUCUCUCACUGAACUCCUGUUCGAACCGUAACAGUAACUGAUAUUGUCUUAAAACAGUGACGUGUUUGUUGUCUGGGUGAAUGAGUUUUCUUUCUCAUGUUUUUCUUUUUCUUUUCUUUCUUUUUCUUUUUGAAGUAUUUGCUAAAAAGAAGAAAAAAACUCAAAGCACUUUGUACGGUUCUCUCACACUUCUGCACUUUUCUGUUGACGGACGGCCUGGUAGUUUAAUUGAAUUGGAUGAGCUGGACUAUUGACGCUCAGAAGGGCUGAAGUUCCUUGUCUUGUCUUGUCUUUUCUUUGGUCCUUUUUAUAAUGAACUAAUUGACUGUGCAAAAGAAGUGUUUUGUUGAGAUGCGUGACAUUAGGUGCCGGAUUCAAACACUAUGAAAGUAAUGCAGAGAACUUACCAAGCUCAUCCUGUCGAGAAACUUUUUAUUACCAUGAAACAGUGUAACUUAUGUUUUAAAUGUGUGACUGAGCUUUCUUUCUUCCUUUCUUUUGGUUUUUUUGAAGCCUUAUAUUUUUAACUUGGGAUUUUUUUCUGGUCACUGACAUGCUGGAGUAAAACAUGUGCAAUCCUUUCUGUAGCCGACGACUCAACUCUCAAAGAUGCCUUCAACACCAAAGGACUAUUUAACAACAUUAUAACCAGCACAACAUGCAAAGAGUCAGUGUGUGUCUCUCUGUGUGUCACUAAUUCAUUGUGUUCUUUUUCCUCACAGUACUUUGUGUACAGUUUAUUUAUUGCUUCUGUAUUACCUGUCAGCAACGAUGUGACAGAGAAGUAGCUUUUUUUUUAGUCUAAGGUUUUAAUACUCACAUGUAGCUUCAUGUGUGAGAAACUUUUCCUUUUCACUUCUAAUAUAACAUUAUACAUGAGCAAAUACUCACUUUCACUUUUCUCUUGGUGUAAAAAUUGCUGAGUGACAGAUUUCCGUCUGGGUUUUCUGGAUCACGUCCUAUCGCCUGUCUUCCUCUGUCAUCACUGAUCUGUUCGCAUCACGUGUUCAUAAAGGAUCUUGGAGUACGUGCGCUCAUCUGAAAGCUCUUUGACUCUUAGUGAAGAUGUCACGUUCUCGAACAGUCUCAACAGCCAACCAAGACCAGUAUUUCUGUGCGUGGAGAUUUUUAUGAAUGUGUGUCAUAAACUGAAACUCUGCAGCUUUGACAAUCCAACUCUGCUGUUUAACUGUGGCUGCGUUAGCCCUCUGUCCAACUAGAACUGUAUGCCUUGCCAAUAAAGGAAAAGCUCUUCACUUUGUGAUGUCCCGUUUUCUCCUUUUACGAGAAAAGCAAGUCAUAAAAAUGCAUUUAUCACUUAAAGGAAAUGAGUAUUGAUUACUGCUUUUUUAAAAGUAGCUCCAAAGAGAAUGCAUUUCUACGUGACACUGCAGACAAACAUUGUUCAAUGCUAAUUUUAUUUUCAGUUCUAAUUUCCAAAGGGUGGAUCUCGCUCUGUGAAAGCUCCAGCCUCGUGUCACCUUAAGUGGAUAACAGAUUAAGAUGAUAAAUGGUUGUAUUUAAAGACAUCUUAUCUUAAAGACCUUAUAGUAUCAUAUCACCCUGA